AUGGACGGGUCUCUUCGAAUCUGGUUAAAGAAAAGCUUCCUGACGAUUGUAAUUGCUGCAUUGACAUUAUCAUUUGUUGUGGUCUACCUUGCGAAUACAAAUAAUUUCUCAAUUCCACACACAUACUUCGUAUUUUCAGAUGUUAGUUGGAGAAAUUGGUCUAACGAUUCCAGCGUUGAGGCCACUGUGGCAUGUGUAUUUCCAGAACUGGAUCCUUACAAGCCAAACAUCAUGAAAUUAUCUGGAUUGAACAACAAACCUAUCAAAUGUGACAAAUAUCCGCCAGAUAUAACAUACCUCCAUAAAAACCAGAUUAUCGUCAAUGUUUCACGAAUCACACCAGGCGUCGUGUCGUGUAAAUACCGAGAAAUUUUUAAACAUCCAUCGGAUGAUAGAAGCGCCAAGCUUGGAGACUGGAGUGAGCCUUUCAACACGAGCAUUAAACUGUCCGAUACAGCGGAAUUUUUGUUGAUUGAAUGUGAAAACAUCAGCUCUAAUACCACGUCUAAAACAUACCAUGCACUUAUCCCUCGACGUGAAGAUUUUUCAAAACUCAAACUUAAAAAACGACUCAAAAUGUUUCAACCUAAAGAAACGCUGAACGUUGUAAUGAUUGGAAUGGAUGGUGUUUCUAGAUAUCAGUAUAUGAGAUCUAUGAAUCUGACGUAUAAUUUUUUAAUGAAAGAACUGAAUUCUUUUGAUAUGACAAUGUACACACAAAUAGGUAUCAACACAUUUCCAAAUUUGUUACCGUUACUAACAGGUUAUAAUGAAACAGAGGUGGGAGAAUGGUGGGAUAAAUCAACAACGAACGAUCAGUUUGAUUUGAUAUGGGAGGAUUACAGAAAAGCUGGUUACAAGACAAUGUUCACAGAAGACCAGCCAUCUAUUGGGAGUUUCCAUUUUGGGAAGAAAGGUUUUCAAGCCCCGCCCACCUUGUACUACAAUCACCCAGUGUGUAUUGCCAUGGAGAAAGAUAAAGAGCUGUGGCAAUUCGGGUAUUACUGUGCCGGAAGUCAACCGGAAAUAAAUUUCCAUUUGAAUUAUGUGCAGCGUUUACUCGAUACAUAUAAGGACUCGCCAAUUUUUGCAUUUGCAUUUCAUAACAAAAUUACACAUAACGAUAUGACUAAAUUAAAAAUAGCAGACGAGCACACGUUUGAAUUUUACAAUACGUUGCGAAAGAAAGGCUAUUUAAAUAAUACUUUACUAAUCACGUUCUCCGACCACGGGCCAAGGUGGGGUCCCAUACGCUCAACAUUACACGGCAUGGUGGAGAGUCGUGCACCAUACGCCAUCUUAACUUUUCCAAAGUGGUUUCUUGAUAAAUACCCGGAUGUGAAAACGAAUUUAAAAACAAACACAAAACGUUUGACUACGCAUUAUGACGUCCAUGCUACGUUACAAGACUUGUUGUAUUUUAAAGCAAGUGGUUUUGUCCCUUUAAUUCCAAGAAAACACGGCACCAGUCUGUUUAAUGUUAUACCAGAAUCUCGCACGUGUGAAGACAUCCCAAUCCCAAUGGAGUUUUGUCUGUGCAACCAAGCACAGAUGGAUGAAGUGAUCUUGAAUUCAAGCACAACACAAACAUUCGGAGAAGUGAUUGUUAAAAAAAUUAACGGCAAAAGAAACAUAAAAUUAUGCGUGGAACUAAAAUUUGAAAAGGUUCUCCAGAUCGUAAAAAUAACAUUACCCCACUUAUCAAAACAAGAUUAUCAUUUGUACAAAGUUAAAAUAGAAACAACCCCAGGGGAAGCUAUUUAUGAAGGUACAGUUUACACGGCUAAAGACGAUGAAGAAAGUUUAGUCCAACACUUGGGCAAUUACCUGGCCAAGGGCAACACAAAGAACAUAACAGUUGGGGAGAGUGUUGAUAGGUUCACGUUUUACGCCGGGCAGGCGGACUGUGAGGACGACGCGACGGUUAAACCGUACUGUUAUUGUAAAAAUCUGGUCAAAUCCUGA